AUGCUACUCACUGGAUUUGAUGAUUGCAAACCCAUUCUGAACUGCAUCAGCCUGUAUCUUAGUAGCUCCAUGAUAGAUCCCGGUGGUAGUGCUGCAUCACCUGUUGACAUCGUGGACAAGAUCCUAGUGCGGUAUAGCGCAUGUGAACCUGUCUCGGGCAGGUUUGUGUUUUACACCGAAUCCAAAGCAGUCUUGGGGCGCCCCGAGACCGGUCUCGGAACACGAUGCGAGGUGUUCCAAGAUAGGUUUGCUCAGAAGGGGUCUCGGCUAGAUUUCGAGUCCAAACAGCACUUUGUGGUCGACGGGAAUGUCUAUCCCGUGGUGAUAGGAGGCAGCACGACAUCAUGGCGACCAUCCCAGGCCUUCACUAAUCAAGUGCUUAAGAUUCUCCUCCAAGAAGUGAUGGGCUACAGCAAUGUUACCAUAGCAACGGAUGAUACAAAGGUCAUCUCGACAUCCCAGGCUGUCUCAGAGAUCACAGGAUGCGCUAAUCCCAUGUGUGAAGGUAAAAGUAGCCGAACAAUGCGCUCUCCAUCGAUUGAUGCAGAAGUAUGGUUGGAUGAUCCGCUGAGCUUACAACCCUGGAUGGAUACGCAGGAGAUAGUGGAUCUUGGACCUAUUGGUGUCCAGGCAAGGUUUGGUUGGUUUGUCUCUACUGCAUUGGUGACCAACCUCUACAGCGUGGAAGGCAUGAUCGUUGACCACUGGAGGGUCCUGCAGAGCUCCCAGAUGACCGCCUACCUGACCAUCUCCACCAACGAGAUCGAGGUGCUGACCACCGAGUCGUCGGCUACGGCCGUGUUCAAGGGUCAGAGGUACUGCGACAGACCGGAGUGCAUCAACGGGGUGUACUACCCGCCUUGGUGCACCCAGGAUAAUUCCCAGUGUGUCAUCCUGCUUGCAGAUUAUCCAGAAUCCAACUUUGACAAACUGACAGACCAGAUCCAGAGUCUUGGUUUGAUGGUGGGUGUGGCCUGGAUUGGUCCGAACCUCAAGUCUACUGUGCAGCAGAGGCAAGAGAAAAGCCAGCCUACCUUGUUCUUUGGCUGGACUCCUGAUGACCUGACAUCAUCGGGUGCAUUCAGCCGUGUUGCCUUCCCAUCAUGCCAAGAGAAUUCAGCAGUACCUGAAGUAGAGGGUGCCACUGGAGGCUGCGACUUCCCCUGGCAGAAUAUCAACAAAGUAGCAUGGCGCCCUCUAGUGGUGGGAGCCCCUUACAUAUACGAUCUCAUCAAGGAUGUUAGGUUUUCCAGCUCCAAGAUGGAGACUAUCAUGUACAGCUAUUACUUUAGUCGUCUCAACAUGGCGGAGUUCGCCUGUGAGUGGGUACUCAGGAAUAGGGGAUCAUGGGAGCCGUGGAUACCCAGCGGAUCUGCUGGUAUCAAGAGAACCAUUCUCCUUGGUGGCUUGUUUGAGAGCCUCAUCGAUCCCACCUCACCUAACUCUGGUAUUGAGCCGGGAGCGAGGAUGGCCAUCGAUGCCGUCAACGCUGACCCCAACAUCCUACCAAGCUACAAGCUGGCCUUGGCUUCCAUGGAAACGAGAUGCAGUCCAGAGACCUCUCUGCUCUCCUACUUCAAAUUCUAUGAAGAUCGUGGCCAGUCACUUGCAGGUUUGGUUGGACCAAUGUGUUCAUCAGAAGCGGAGGUUGUCGGUAGUGUCUCCAGAUUCCUCAACACGGUUGUAGUGAGUUACCAGUCGGAUUCACCGAGCCUCUCCGACAAAGAACAGUUCCCCUACUACUUCAGGACCUUCCCCGAUACCACAGAACAAUGUUAUGCAUUGAUUGAGCUCUUCCAAAACUUUGGUUGGGGGCGCUAUGCAUUGCUGUCGGACAAUGACGACAUCACCUACAAGGUCAUGAAGGAUAUGGAGGAGGUCAUGACCGAUGGCGGCAUUGAGAUGGUCGUCGACAUCUACAUGGCAACCCAUGAAGUCAACCAGGCUGCCGUGAGUUCGUACAUGGAGGAGAUUGUCGACAAGAAAGCUCAUAUCAUCAUCGGCUACUUCCCGGAGAAUGUUGCCAGGCUGGUGCUCUGUGAGGCUCACAAGCAGGGAGUGACUGGCGAGAAAGGCUACCAGUGGUUUCUUCCUGACUGGUAUCAAGAUGCAUGGUGGGAUACGGACUACCACAACCAGAACUCGCCAUCCUACUCCAUCUUUGCCACCUCGCCGUCUUUUUUCAAUAUCAGUUGUACCACUGCCGAUAUGAUGCAAGCCAUCACAGGUUACAUCAGCCUAUCAAGAGCAUACAUCGCCAACUGGAACGAGCCGGUCCCUGGUCAUCAAACGGUCGAAGGAUGGAUUAAUAGCUAUAAUGCUCUUAUUGAGAAAGAAGGUAAGAUGCCUUCUUCCUAUGCAGCCUACGCAUAUGACACCAUCUGGACCUAUGCCUAUGCUCUUGAUAAACUCUUGUUCAACGAUGUAACAGCACUUGAUACACUGUCAUCGCAGAAAACCAUUAGAACAUACCUGAGGCAUCUGAGCAAUACAUCAUUCAGCGGGGUCACCGGCGAGGUCAGAUUCAUGGAUCAAGACCGUCGAGGACCAGUCAGCAUCCAUCAGCAUCACCCUCCUACAGCCAAGCGGGAGCCAUUGCAUGUACUCCUCAGAUCAUAUGCACCUGAGACAUACAGACAGACGUAG